AUCGACUGGGAAAUUCGAGCUCAAUGCCCCCCCCCCUGAAAACGCCAUUCUCCCAUGCCAUUCGCCUGGAAUUUUUUUCAGGCGGAGCGAUCCGUCGUGGCCGAUCUGACUCGAAAGUAUAGGAUUUAGUCACAGCCGGUCACAUGACUAAGAUACGACGAUGGCUGCAACCCGGCGAUUGGCAAAGGAACUGGAAGAAAUAAGAAAAAAUGAUGGCAAAGUUUUCAGAGCGAUAGAGGUGGAUGAAUCUAACAUCUUAAAAUGGGAGGGGAUGUUGCAAACAGACCAGCCCCCAUAUAGCAAAGGAGCUUUCAGGAUAGAGAUAAUAUUUCCUGCAGAAUACCCAUUCAAACCACCUAAAGUGACAUUUAAAACAAAAAUAUAUCAUCCUAAUAUAGAUGAGAAGGGACAAGUUUGUCUACCAAUUAUAGCUCCUGAAAAUUGGAAACCUGCCACCAAGACAGAUCAAGUAAUUCAAGCCUUGGCUGCCCUUGUGAAUGAUCCUGAACCAGAACAUCCUUUACGUGCAGAUUUAGCUGAAGAAUACACAAAGGACAGGAAAAAAUUCUUAAAAAAUGCUGAGGAACAUACAAAAAAGCAUAGCGAAAAACGUGAGGGUGUAUGAAGAGGAUGUGAAUUCCCCAAGAUGCAGAGAAUGGAGACUUUUGAUCAGCACUGAAUGUGAUUGUAGUAAAAUCUGUUUUCAAGCUCUCAGGGUUUCUUAUCUUAUGCCCCUUUUAAGGGGCACAAGAUAAGAAACAUAAAGCUUCUUUAGAACAGGUAAUGGCAAUGCUGUUAGUACCCAUUAUGUGAUUCGCAUCAUUACAAGUGUAGGUUUCUUUUGUUGCAGAAACGUUCACGAAUUGCAAAAAUAAACUUGCGCCAAAUUUUGGUGAUUUACGGUACUGACCCUUGGUACAAUGUAUGACCAUGCCCUGCAAGUACACUUUGUUGCACUCUAGUCUUUUUCUGGUCGUCAGUCUCACAUUGUUGGUGCAAUCAUAAUUGUAUUACAUUUUGUUCUAGGGGUAAAGAUGACAGGAGAACCUUACUGUGGAAAUGGCUGUCUUUGUGGAAAAGAGCAAUCCUGUGUCAUGAAUAGAUAAUUCCAUUCCUGUUCUUACAUUGUAGGACUACCGCAGAAAGCAGUGCAGCUGAUAGCAAUUAUGAUAUAAAAGAAUUGGCUUUAAAGCUUUGCUUGUUGUGUUCAUUAAAACAUUGCACAUGUUAAUACAUUAUCUGUGAUUUGGCAGUCCAAAUAGUGCAUCUUGGGAGAUGGUGAACUUUGAAAGAAUUUGAUGGCCAGAUCCUAAGUUUCAUAUUGCCAUAAUUUUCUCUUUUUUUCAAUACAUGUAAUGGCUUUUAGCUGCUUUGCGUCCAGACUCAUCUUAAAAUCUUAUAGAAACUCAAGUACAGUCAUUUUGCUCUGCAGUGUGUUUACUGUUGAACACCUUGGUGGACACCUCUUCAAGCAGAACACCAUAUCCUAUCAAUUAAAGACACUGGUUGUGGACCCAAAGUGUAUUUCAAUUUGGCCUUUGCGAAGGAAACAUCUCUAACGACAGUAUUUCCCAGUACCAAGGUACACCUGAAGGUGAAGGUGAUGAAGGUACUGAGUGGUAACAAGGGAAAUAGAAAAAUGAUGUUGAGGUCGCAGAGUCUAUCAGUAACAAUGUUGGUCAUUUGAGAAUGAAAGGUGGUGUGUCUUGCAUGUCAUUUAAUACCUUGUAUACUUGAAGAUGUAAAUCAAACAAACUUGGGAGUCUCUGGAUCACUUAAGACUUUAACUAAGCUGCUUGUAGCAAAGCAACCAUAUAUUUAUCAAAUGAGACAAAAGCUGGAAAGUACAUGUACUGUACAUGUAGAACUAACUUAAAUGUCUAGGAUUUAAAUAUUCAAUGCAUAUUGUGGUACCGGUAUAGAAAUAUGUGUCAGAUUUAGAGGAUGAAAUUUCCCGUUUAGAUUACAAUGUAUACUCAAUCUAGAUAACCACAGUUUUGUAAAUUGCUGAUAAGAUGGACCGGUAUGACAUGUCUGUGCCUGCACUUGUAGAUGGUAAAUGUAAUGAACAUUUAUAAAAAAAUUUACGCAGCCAUCCAUUUUAAACAGUAUAUAUGCCUUAAGAGUCGGAACUUAUAAACCCCCGCCUCCCUCAAAUAAUGAAAAUCUUCAGGUAAAUGAACUGUGAGUGUCCCUCACUCUUGGUAUAUCAGCUUAAUCUUGAUAGUAUAGAUGGCAUCACUUUUGAACGGAUGAAAAUAAGCUCUGAACUUCAAUAUUGGUAUCCGUUGUCAACACAAGAUGGUGCCUGGCAAAAAAUGGCUGCGGCAGCAAAAGGCCAUAGUCUGGUGGGGUCAGUACUUCAGCAUUUCCAUAACUAAGUACAGCUUCAGUGAUCAAUAUCAACUUAAUUGAAACACAGGCAUUUGCUAAGGACUCUAUGAUUCGAGGGACUAUCUUUCCGUUUACACCACAACCCAUGCACUAUGUCCACGAUAUACAGCUAAUGUACGCCGUGGUCAUCUACUCCAUACCACCACGGCGUACAUUAGCUCACAUGUACAUAGUGCAUGGGUGGUGGUGUAAACAGAAAGAUAGUCCCUCGAAUCAUAAAGUCCUUAGUAACUACCUAUGGAUUGAAGCAAAACGUUGGACUCUUCACUUGGUCUUGUUUUGCGGGGAGAGGAGGGAGAUGAAAUUGGCCCAGAGUAAGGUGCAAUAAAUUCACCAAUUACGUCAAUUUUACAACAUGAACACACAAACAUUUCUAGCUUAAAUUAUUGUUAGUCUUUCCUUCCCUCUGUGUAUUGAAUCCGCCACAGAUACGUUGUCAUUACUUUGUGAAGUAUGUUCACUGCACUCUGCCUUUGCCCUGUGAAUCUUUUACAGUAAUUAAAACGUUCAUAUUUUCAUAAA